CACAGCACACAUGAAUCUCCAAUGGCCGCUGCUUCACGCGGGGCUCUGUCUCAACUUGAACUCAUACACGUGUGAAGGCGCUUAAUCCCGCGUUUAUUCCGCUGUUCUGGAGCGGACGGGGAACUUUGCUCCGACAUCAUCCAGGACAAUCUGCCACGGCUGGAGGUGAGGCGGCGGUGGGCGGAGUCAACAGGUUCAGUGACUCCUCACAGCAUAAACAGAAUGAAACAGGAGUUAUGAAGCAAAACAAAAGUGGAGUACACUGUUUAAAAAACACAAAUUUAUACUUCUGGAUUCAUUAAACGGAUUUGAAUCUUCCUAGGACAUUCCUUUUGGAAACAAACACAACAGCUUCAAACAACAUCAGCUUUCACAAUACUCAUCAUCAAUACUCAACCCAACAGAAAACUCCUCAGCAGCAAAGGAGUCACUCCAUUCAUCCAUCUGGACUCACCAUUUCUCAAGACAUCAUCAAUCACCGUCACAUGGAAUAACUGUUAACACACCAACUCACAUCCGCUAUCUCCACUAGACGCCUGAAUGGUGGAAUAAACCAUCUAAAGCAUCUUUGUUGAGUGUUGUUUUGGACACUUCUGUUUGACUGUGGGUGGACUCUAGUGGCGGCCAUGUCUGGUAAGGACAACCCCAGCCCGCACCUCAGUGGCUUCCCUAUGGCCCACUACUCAUAUUUCUUCCCGCACAUGCUGGGGGGGCUGUCUCCACCCUCGCUGCCAACCCUACCCUUCAGCAGAUACAGCACGCCAUCACCAGCCACGAUCGAGACACAGAGUACGAGUUCAGAGGAGAUUGUCCCCAGCCCACCCUCACCGCCCCCUCCUCCUCGCAUCUAUAAGCCCUGUUUCGUGUGUCAGGACAGGUCUUCAGGGUACCACUAUGGUGUCAGUGCCUGCGAAGGCUGCAAGGGUUUCUUCAGGAGAAGUAUUCAGAAGAACAUGGUGUACACGUGCCACAGAGAGAAGAACUGCAUCAUCAACAAAGUGACCCGCAACCGCUGUCAGUACUGCCGCCUGCAGAAGUGUCUGGAAGUGGGAAUGUCCAAAGAAUCGGUGAGGAAUGACAGGAACAAGAAGAAGAAGGAGGAGAAGAAGCAGGAGUGCACAGAGAGCUACACGCUGAGUCCAGACACCGAGCAGAUGAUUGACAGAGUCAGAAAAGCUCAUCAAGAGACCUUCCCUUCGCUCUGUCAACUUGGCAAAUACACCACCAGUAACAGUUCGGAGCACCGUGUGUCCCUGGAUGUGGAUUUGUGGGAUAAGUUCAGCGAGCUCUCCACUAAGUGCAUCAUAAAGACGGUGGAGUUCGCCAAGCAGCUGCCGGGAUUCACCACGCUCACCAUCGCAGAUCAGAUCACGCUGCUCAAGGCCGCCUGCCUCGACAUACUGAUUCUGCGGAUCUGUACUCGCUACACACCGGAGCAGGACACCAUGACAUUCUCUGACGGUUUAACUCUCAACCGGACGCAGAUGCACAAUGCCGGCUUCGGUCCGCUAACUGACCUGGUGUUUGCCUUCGCCAAUCAACUGCUGCCGCUAGAGAUGGACGACGCAGAGACGGGACUGCUCAGUGCCAUCUGCCUGCUGUGUGGAGAUCGUCAGGAUCUGGAGCAGGCUGAUAAAGUGGACAUACUGCAGGAGCCACUGCUGGAAGCUCUGAAGAUCUAUGUGAGGAAGAGGAGACCUCACAAACUUCACAUGUUUCCCAAGAUGCUCAUGAAGAUCACAGACCUGCGGAGCAUCAGUGCCAAGGGAGCGGAGCGUGUGAUCACCCUGAAGAUGGAGAUUCCCGGCUCCAUGCCUCCUCUCAUCCAGGAGAUGCUGGAGAACUCGGAAGGUUUGGAGAGUUCGGCGGGCGGGGUCAGCUCACGGGCCAGCUGUAGCCCCUCCCUUUCCCCGAGCUCCGCCCAGAGCAGCCCGCCCACGCAGUCGCCAUGACAACCAUCGUCACCACUCACCGACUACUGUGUGCCCUCCCGGACACACACACACACACACACACACCCGUACCCACUCCUCUGCCUGUGCUCCUCAGAGACUAACGGGGGGUCAGUCUGGGAUUUUGACAUUUUCUUCCCUUCAGAUUCUUGUUCGAGAGAUCAGACUGUGAUUGUCCUCGUUUUCACCACUCCAUUACAAAGUCGGUUCACCCUUUGGAUGAAGACCGCUGGACGAGUGAAGAUCGCAUUAAAACAAAAAGUGCAAGAAUUUCUGCACAAACUUAUACAAGGAAUUAAAGGAUUUGACUUUUAUUUUUGAUUCUUGUGGCCUGGACUUCUGAUUUCCUACAAAAUAAAAAAAUAUAUAAAUAUAGAGAGAGAAACAUGAAUGAUUGUGAUUUGUCUGAGAACAGAGUGAAUCAUGGACUUGAUGUAAAGGUGCAUUCGUAUUUCAUCACUCUUUCUUUCUGCCUGUGAAACGAAACGAGACAUGAUGAUGAUGAUGAUGAUUUUCAUGCAAUAUUGAAAAGAAUAUUCAUUUACACUCACAAAAUUGUGCACAGAAGAUAUAAAAACAGUUGCAGAAAAAACAA